UCUGAAUCACCCAGAAAGUUCCUGGGCCAUCAAAACAAAAACAGCGCUCACACUGUAGCUAAUGUCAGUGAGAGCUACUGUAUUUCCUUCUUAGUCUGUUCUUUCACCAUGAAAGGGAAAUCAUGUUGUAUUUACACCACCGGAGUUCUUUCUAUUCUAAUUUUGAUCUUGGGCAUUUCUUUGGAGUUGUCUAAAGUGUUUCCACAUAUCAUACAGUCGGUGGUUAAACAGGAAGUCGUUUUGAAGAAUGGCACAGAUGCGUUUGAGGCCUGGGAGGAUCCACCAGCCCCUAUUUACAUGCAGUUUUACUUCUUCAAUCUGACAAACCCCCUGGAGGUGAUGGAUGGAGAGCGGCCUGCUGUGGUGGAGAUCGGACCAUAUACAUACAGAGAGUACCGGCCUAUGGAGGAAGUGGACUUCCAGGAUAAUGGCACUAAAGUAGCAGCUGUCAACACAAAGACCUACAUAUUUCAGCGGGACAUGUCCCGGGGUCCAGAGAGUGACCUCAUCAGGACGGUCAACAUCCCUGCAAUAACGGUGAUGGAGCAAUUCAAAGAUAACUUUAUCAUGGCAAAUUUGAUCUCCUCCUACAUGAAGUCUGAAAAAGAAGGCCUGUUCACCACGCGCACAGUGGGGGAGCUGCUGUGGGGAUACGAAGACCCCCUGCUCAAAGCCCUCAAACUUCUCAAACCCGACUUGGACGACGUUUUUGGACUCUUCUAUAAGACCAAUGCUUCCAACGAUGGGGAGUAUGUCUUCUUCACUGGCCAGCAGGACUACAAGGACUUUGCCAGAGUUGAUACGUGGAAAGGUGAAAGCACACUGAAUUGGUGGACAUCCGAUGAGUGCAAUAUGAUCAAUGGAACCAAUGGAGGAUCUUUCCAUCCAGUCAUCACCAAGAACGAAUCGCUUUACAUGUUCUCCUCUGACCUGUGCAGGUCUCUGUACGCUCUGUAUGAGGAGGAUGUGAUAGUGAAGGGCAUCCCUGGGUAUCGCUUCAGUCCCCCUAGCGAGGUUUUUGCCAAUCACACAGUGAACCCUGCCAAUGCGGGCUUCUGUGUCCCUGCUGGAAACUGCCUUGGCUCUGGUGUUCUGAAUGUCAGCCCAUGCAAACAAGGAGCUCCCAUCGUAAUGUCGACACCACACUUCUACCAGGCAGAUGAGAAAUAUGUUCAGGAUGUGUUCGGCAUGAAGCCUCAGAAGGAGCAGCACCAGACUGCCAUUGAUAUCAAUCCGCUAACCGGAGUCAUUAUUCAAGCAGCCAAACGGCUCCAGGUCAACGUGUAUGUUGAAGAAAUAUCCAGCUUCAGUCAAACAGGAAACGUGAGGACCGUGAUCCUUCCUGUGGUUUAUCUCAAUGAGAGCGUUGUCAUUGACGACGCGUCGGCCGCGAAGCUGAGGAAGAUAAUCGUCACGCAGAACGUGGUGGUGAACAUCCCCUUCAUGCUGUUGGGCAUCGCCAUCAUUAUGGGAGGGAUCUUCAUGUUCCUGAUGUGUCGGCAGAACGUCCCCGAGAGCACCACAGCUGAACGGCAGCCCCUGCUCUCGUCAUAGCACCAAACAGUAUGUCUAAAGAAGGAGGACUGCCAUAUUUGCAUAAUAAUUCAUGGGUUCAAUGGAGCUGCAGUUCCUACCAGUAACCCCCCAGUAAUAGUUCAAUUAAUAACCAGAAUUACAUCUUUUUAAUCAGCUUUUUUAUCCAAUAAUUUUAGGAAACAAAGUGAAGAGGUUUGUUACAGGGACGGGUUAAUUUCUCCCUUACAAGUCGGUUGUGUUGAUAAUGAAAUCCCUAUUUUUAUUAAGUAAAUCUUAAAUAUUUUUAUUUUAUACCUUUUUAAUUAAUUAUGGGCUCUGAAGUUAUCACAACCCCAAGAAAAUAUACUGAAGCUGAUUGAUGAAGCCCAUAUGUUGUGUGAAAUCUUUUCUGAGUGUGUAUGCUUGUAUGACUGUGUGACUGUGUAUGUGUGUGUGAGGGUGACAGUUUAUCCAUGAUAUGAAUGCCUGCAGAACUGAAAUGGUGAUAAAGGAAUACUGUCGGCGUGUGUUUAUAAAAUAGGCCCGUUUUCAGCCUGGUGUAGUGAGAUUGUUGAAGCAUCAGUAGGAAGAAAAGUUAGGAAAGCUGUUUUAAUGCAACAGACAUAUCCUUCUUUUUUUUAACACCAACAUUUCACUUUUCCGUAUUAUCGCAGAUUGAAUGACAAGGUCAAGCUGUGCAAAAUGACUGCUGGCAUAACGUUUUAUUCUUAAUGUCAUGAAUAUAAAGUAAUAUCAGCUUCCUUUCAAUAGCAUGUACUCUCAGUCGGUUUUAACCUUACCUGGAAAUCCACAACAUCCAAAUAUAUGCAAGUAUAUAAUGUGGAAUCAUAUUCAAAUAGUAUUACUUCAACUAAAACGGUAUAAAGGGAAAGUAUAUGUCUUUUGUGAGGUAAGAUGUCUUGGUCCAUGAGUUCUCCUGCUGAUAUCCUUAAAACAGUGCUACUGACACUGCGGAUACAUAUUUUGCAAAAAAGAAAGUUACGUUUUUCUUUUAACCACUACGAAUUGUCCAUAAAUUAUAUGGUUAAAUUCUGCACUAAAUAACAUAAUUGUAUCUGGUCAUUGUUACUUUAUUAAGAUUCUGGGGAAAAAAUACAUGUUUUUUCUUUAUUGUAUUUCUCAACAGAACUAUUGGAUUACAAUUAAAUGGAUUUUGUGUCCAGAACGAAGUACUGUGUAAUUUGCUGUUUGAAUAACCACUACUUCGCACACAUAACUGACAAGCUGUUUAAUGUUGUUGUAGUCUUGGUUUCAUAUGUAACAGAUUAUUGUUUACACUACUACCCAUACAUGGUAACAAUCAAUAUGUAACCACUGUUUACAUACGCUCAAUAGGUCAAAUAUCUAACAAGAUGAACAUUGUUGUGCCAUUUACCGCAACUUUAAUAAACCUGCUGUGCUUCAAA